GACUAAUUUCUGUUGCUGUGGCGUGGUGGUGGUUCUUCCAGCAACACUUCUCUUCUAGUUGGUCAACUGUCCUCCAACCUGAAGUUCAGCGCCGAGAAGCUGCUUCCUUCUACGAACUUUUUACAGACAGACAGAUUGAGGCAGAAUGUCUGAGCUUCCAGCUUUCCCUCGUAUGUCCUUCCUCUUGAUUACCAUUUUGGGUAUGACCUUGAUGACAUCAGGCUUCCCUCAGCCACGACUACCUCUCAGAAGUCCUGAUGAUUCAGAUGAAGCGAAGCGAGACGACUGGGAUGUGGUCUUCCCUUCUAUCUCUCUCCGGGAUUGGAGCAUCCAAAUGAUGUCGGCGCCCAGCCUCAGAGCAGCAGCAGACAAGGCAGGGCUGAUGAGGGACGCGUGGCUCUUCGCCCCGGAGAGGACAGAGGCAAGCGUGGAGGGGCCGUGGCCUUCUGAGUGGUCUCAAGGGGCCGGGAUGGUGAAGAGGAACAUGGUGGUGGCUGAUGAUGCUGCCUUCAGAGAGAAGAGUAAGCUCCUCACGUCCAUGGAGAGGCAGAAGUGGCUCAACUCCUACAUGCAGAAACUACUGGUGGUUAAUUCUUAGUCAUAA